AUGGAUGAAGCGGAGCAGACACAAGACCAGACGGAGGUCACCCAGUCAUCGCCAUUACGACGCCGUGUCUCGAACUCAUGGAUCAAUGCGGCAGUCCUCGCCCCGACCCAAACUUUCGAAGCCCCGAAAGCGAAAGCGAUCGUCGAGAAAAAGUUGAAGAAAAAGGAGCCGGAAGUCAAAAAGGCCCGCACACCGAAUUCGACACAGCCGUCUGAGGCCCACAAGAAGGCCGAGGUUAUUGAGAAGAAAAAAUCGGAGGAAAAGGAGAAAGAGAAAGAAGAGGAGCCUGAGGAAAAGCAGCAAAAGAAGGAGGAUAAGAAGGAGGAAAAGAAAGAAGUCAAGAAGAAAAAGCCCGAGCAUGAGGAUGACGUUGAACUUGGUGUGGACCCUGACCACAAGGGAAGCAAGAAAAAGGAAGCCAAAAAUGCCAGCAAGCUGAAAAGCGUCUGCGCCCCACCAGUCGGCAUCCAAGUCCAAGUUCCCAGCGACUAUUACCAAAAGCUUAAACAGUGGUGCUUCGAAUAUGAUACCUUGCUUGAUUCUGAAAGGGGCGUGGCCACGUUCGGAAUUCGAGAAGAGACAAGGUCGUGCGACCACUUCAUCGUGCAGAACAACCAGACGAUGCACGUCAUCUUCAACGUGUUUCUACCGCCUACAUCUUAUUUUGGCUGCUGGCCUCGGAUCGGAAUUAUCGAGCCGGGCGCUAAAGCUACCAUCCACUUCUCAUUCAACGGCCGUGUCGCGCCUGCCUAUCCACACGACGGCGCCUUUUCCUACAACAUCCGAGACGCGACGUGGAUCUCGGAUGACGACUGCAAAAAGAAGAGCCGCCAUCUGCGACAAUAUUGGGAUCAAUUUGCCGGUGAACUCGACAAUCGCUCCGCACACAAGCGUACGUACGUGCUUCGCCUCCCGAUCUGCUUCGUGUCCGGAGAGACACGACAUGGCUGCAAAAACCACGCUCAUCGCCGGCAAAAAAAUUGCGACACGGCCAAUCCAGCCCCCGGGAAAGAGGAGGCGCCCGGCGACGCGCAGGCGCAGGAAAAGUCUCAAAAGACCGAUGAGUUGCCAAGUGCUCAGGAG